GUCGGCCGACGCGCCCGGAUACAAGCGGACCAAACCGAGGGAUUUAACAUCCAGGGAGGCUCGGAAAGUGAACCCCGGAGGGUCGAUACGUUUCGGGCGAAUCGAGGAUUUAUUUUCGGGGGGGUGGGAGGUGCGAGGUGCCUUCCUCGUCUGGAUUUCGCAGAUUAAUUUAACUGCGAAGUGUUGGCUGUGUGUCCCGGAUCGUGCUUCCCUCCUCCCGCUAUCACCCGGGUUCCCCCUCCCUCUCCCUCCCCUCCCGCCCCGCUCAGACGCUCCGUUCCUGGGCUCGUGGAGACAGCGAGGGGCACGGGGGCUGGAAGAAGAAAAAAACGUGGAAGAGAAGAAAAAAAGAGAGAGGAGGAAUUCCUACUUGGCUUUGAUUCCUCCCCCCCCCCCCUCCCCCCUCAGGCUUCCUCUGGGCGCUACAGGAGUUGUGGACGUCGCCGGGCGAAUGAGUGAUUGAUGCCAACUUCGUUUCUUCAGGGCAGAAUGGGUGCGUGUCCCCUGCUCCUGCUGCUCGGUCUGGCCCUCGGGGCCUCCGCCCAGGACCACGUCCCCACCACGAGUCCUCCGGGUGUCACGGACAAACCGACAGAACCCCCCGGCGCACCCACCCUCGACUUCACAGGCCCGCCCACAACACUCGCCCCCACAAUCAUCUCACUGACAACAACAACAAACGCAACAACAAGCCCAGUCGGUGAGGAGGACGUACGGCCGACUGGUCCCGAUGGCGCCGGGCGCUUGUUACCGGUCCCCGCUCCCUCGCCUCCGGCUUCCAGUGACGCCCCUCAGGCUCCGCCUCCCACUGAGCCCCCCACUCCUCCUCCUCCCGCCCCCGAGGGCUCCGGCAACGAGACCUUCGCCACAGACGCCCCCCCGACGCCGGAUUACGGCGAUGAGGGUUCGGAGGCCACCAUGGAGCCAGGGAUGGGGAUCACCUCGGACACCACCCCCCACGACAACACCCAGUCGGAUGACAUGCCCAUCAUCGCGGUCAUGGUGGCCUUGUCCUCGCUGCUAGUCAUCAUCUUCAUCAUCAUCAUCCUCUACAUGCUCAGGUUCAAGAAGUACAAGCAGGCGGGAAGCCACUCCAACUCCUUCAGACUGAUCAAUGGUAGAUCUGACGAUACAGAACUCCAGAGCGUGCCGCUAUUGGCCCGCUCGCCCAGCACAAACAGGAAGUACCCGCCCCUUCCCGUCGACAAGCUGGAGGAGGAAAUGAACCGGCGCAUGGCGGAUGACAACAAGCUCUUCAGGGAGGAGUUUAAUUCGCUGCCGGUCUGCCCCAUCCAGGCUUCGUGCGACGCCGCUUCCAAGGAAGAGAAUAAAGAAAAGAAUCGAUACGUCAACAUCCUGCCAUACGAUCACUCCAGGGUGCAUCUCUCGUCUCUGGAGGGAGUCCCAGACUCUGACUUCAUCAACGCCUCCUUCAUUAAUGGUUACCAGGAGAAGAACAAGUUCAUUGCAGCUCAAGGGCCGAAGGAGGAAACGGUGAACGACUUCUGGCGGAUGAUCUGGGAGCAGAACACGGCCACCAUCGUCAUGGUGACCAAUCUGAAGGAGAGAAAAGAGUGUAAGUGUGCGCAGUACUGGCCGGACCAGGGCUGCUGGACCUACGGGAACAUCCGCGUGUCGGUGGAGGACACGAUGGUGCUGGUGGACUACACCAUCCGCAAGUUCUGCAUCCAACAGGUGGGCGACGUGUCGGGGAAGAAGCCUCAGCGGCUCGUCACCCAGUUCCACUUCACCAGCUGGCCGGACUUCGGCGUGCCGUUCACGCCCAUCGGCAUGCUCAAGUUCCUCAAGAAGGUCAAGAACUACAACCCCCAGUACGCCGGGGCCAUCGUGGUCCACUGCAGCGCCGGCGUGGGCAGGACGGGCACCUUCAUCGUGAUCGACGCCAUGUUGGACAUGAUGAACUCGGAGAGGAAGGUCGACGUGUUCGGCUUCGUCACGAGGAUCCGAGCGCAGCGCUGCCAGAUGGUCCAGACCGACAUGCAGUACGUGUUCAUCUUCCAGGCGCUGCUGGAGCAUUACCUGUACGGGGACACGGAGCUGGAGGUCACCUCUCUGGAGUCGCACCUGGCCAAGCUCUACGCCCCCUCACCUGGAGCCGGCUGCAGUGGGCUGGAGGCCGAGUUCAAGAAGCUGACGUCCAUCAAGAUCCAGAAUGACAAGAUGAGAACGGGCAACCUGCCGGCCAACAUGAAGAAGAACCGAGUGCUGCAGAUCAUUCCAUAUGAGUUCAACAGAGUCAUCAUUCCAGUCAAACUAGGAGAGGAGAACACCGACUACGUCAACGCCUCCUUCAUCGACGGCUACCGGCAGAAGGACUCCUACAUGGCGAGCCAGGGCCCGCUGCAGCACACCAUCGAGGACUUCUGGAGGAUGAUCUGGGAGUGGAGGAGCUGCUCCAUCGUCAUGCUGACGGAGCUGGAGGAGAGAGGCCAGGAGAAGUGUGCUCAGUACUGGCCCGGUGACGGCGUGGCGCUCUACGGCGACGUCUCCGUGGACAUCAAGCGGGAGGAGGAGAGCGAGAGCUACACGGUGCGUGACCUCCUGGUCACCAACAACCGGGAGAACAAGGCCCGCGCCGUGCGUCAGUUCCACUUCCACGGCUGGCCCGAGGUCGGCAUCCCGGCCGACGGCCGCGGGAUGAUCAGCCUCAUCGCCGCCGUGCAGAAGCAGCAGCAGCAGUCAGGGAACCACCCCAUCACCGUGCACUGCAGUGCUGGUGCUGGCCGGACGGGGUCUUUCUGCGCCCUGAGUACGGUCUUGGAGCGCGUGAAGGCCGAGGGCAUCCUGGACGUGUUCCAGACCGUGAAGAGCCUCCGGCUGCAGAGGCCGCACAUGGUGCAGACGUUGGAGCAGUACGAGUUCUGCUACAAGGUGGUCCAGGAGUACAUCGACGCCUUCUCCGACUACGCCAACUUCAAGUAGGGAGCGGCCAUGGAUGGAUGUCUGCACACACACACACACACACACACACACGAACUGAGCGGAGGCCUCGGCCCGGAGGACGGAGGAGACACUGAGACGCCUUCUCCAAUAUGUUGUAAUAUUGUUAAUACAGCCCGGCGUCCCCAUAUGUGUGUUUAUAUAUAUAUAUAUAUAUAUGUAUUUAUGUGUGUGUGUGUAUACUUACUGUGUUGCAUUUUAUUACUUUGGUUUUAGACAGUUUUCAGUUUGGCUGCAUUUUUCGGGACCUGUAAAAUAUUGGUAUAUAUGUAUAUAUACCAAUAUUAUAUAUAUAUAUAUUUAUAUGUGUAUAUAUAUAUAUAUAUUUAAAUAUGAAUCUUACACUUUAGAGGCUAAUAUAAAGAACAGAUGCAGAGUGAAGGUUGCAGAACCGUGAACACACACUCGCACGCACACACACAGGCAACCACUCUCACACAUUAGCUCACAUACACUCACACACAUAUUUGCACGAACACUCACUCACACACACACACAGUCAAAUGCACACACACACACACACACGGAGAGCCAUGUGUCUUCAUGCCGCUUCACCUCCACUUACAGUUUCUCUCCUUUUUUUAAGUUUCAGGGGUUCAGAUGUCACUCACGAUUGGAGGUCAGAGUAUCUGUGAUCUCAAGGAUGCCAAAACACACACACACUAGGAGCCAAGCAUCUCUUCCUCACCGCGUGUGUGUGUGUGUGUGUGUGUGUGUGUGUUCACUGUCUGCAGGAUGCCACAAUGCCCCGUGUUUAAGGAUCCGACUAUAAUAGGAAAUAAAUACACGUGUUUUUUUGUGUUUUUCUUUUUAAUGGAAAACUGGUCAAAGGUUUCUGUUGAGUUCUGUUCUGUUACUGCCACACACACACACACACACACACACACCCUCAUGACCGCGGCCUCAUAGGAACACGUGUUGCACACGCGGCGUACUUCCUGUUUACAGACACACGUCAGUAUUCCUCGUCGAUCGCUUUGAGCUUUUCUGCCUGAAGCGACACGUUUAUUAUUUCUCGUUGUUUUAAUAUCGGCGCCCUGCCGCCGAGCGACGCAUCGUCCCCUCCUCUUCUUCUCUUUCCUCCACGAUGAAGAAUGUCUCUCCGAUUUGAGCGCUGUCGCUCGCACAUCGUGCACAUUGUUACUGAAAUGCGGAAGAUUGUUUAGUUUUUUUUUUUUAAAUGGCCGUCCGGAGAGGACGUUAAGACUUGAAUUACAGUGUUUUUUUUAAUCUUCGGAUGAGGUCACACUUGAGGUUACGCUCUCGACCAAUGAGUGACGAGCAGCAGGGCUUUGGGUCACGAUGUCACUCAGCCAGAGGCGUCUUCAGAUCGCACGCUCUAGAUUUUAAUGCCAUGAUUAUUAAAUCAAAAUGAUAUUUCUUUUGAGUGUUUUCAAGCCAUUUCUCUAUUUUUUUAUUUUUUUUUUAUGUCGAUUUUCACCCGACUACAUCCUGCUGCUCUGUUUCCCCCGGCGCUCUGGACCUCGUGGGUUUUAACGCACGUCGGGUCCUAAUUUAUUGACGACAUCAUCAAAAGCACGCGCCCGAUUCUCCCGGGAUUGUUUUUAAAGACUCCCGCACUAUUUGCACCAAAAGCAACGGCCUUAAAAAAAUCAAAUAAUACAGAACCAAAUAGGAGACGGGGGUCCGGAGAAAUGUAUUUGAGCUGCAGCCCAAAAGUAGCAGCUGUGUCACUGAAGCGCUGCUGCUGUUGUUGUUGUUGUUGUUUUGAGGUCUUCUUUCGUUCCAAGUGCCCGCACUGUCAGUGCCACUUCUGUUCUUCAUUUACUUCACUGAGUGGGUCUUUACUCAAGAGAAGGGGAUGCUGAUUGUUUGACUAUUGGGUUUAUUGUGUGCGUGUGCGUGUGUGUGUGUGUGUGUGUGUGACGUGACGUUGGUGCCGACCCGGGUGACCCGCGGCUGUUAAUCUGAACUUUUAAGAAGUGCCUCGCUGUCGGGUUUAUAUGAAAAUAAACGUACAAGACGCGGCGCAAACGUUUCCAUCCCAAAGGCUCCUGAAUCAAUACGGCCAGAACCAGCCGAGUGGGUCGGCCUCCUCUCUCUCUCUCUCUCUCUCUCUCUCUCUCUCUCAUUCCCUCUCGUCACAUAUAUAUAAGGGUGUUUAGCAUCGGGGUCACUUUUUGCAUCGUUUCCAUGGUGAUUUCGCGGCUUCACUUCCUCCCGUCUCACCGACGCGUGGUACCCACGACCAGUAAUCAGUCGUGGUACCGAAAUGUUCCCCGACAAAAGAAAUCGGACCUCCUUUUUAAAAAAUUGUAUUUCCCACGCAGUAAAUCUUAAUCUUUUCUGCGUCUUCGUCACCAAGUCUCCCCCAAAAAAAGCCGUUUUUUUUUUCUUUUUCCUGGAGCUUUUUCCCCCCAAGUGGAGCGACGUGAACGGAGAAUUUAACUCUCGUCACUUCCUCUUCCUGUUUCACUUCCACUCCCUUUUGUACAUAAUGUAAGGUUAUUUAUAUUUCAUUCCUCUCUGCUGCGUUGCUUGUUAUAUUUUCUUCUGCCCCCCCACUUCUUUUUUUAUUUCUUUAAAAAAGAUGUAUAUUGAACUGUAUCGGGACCAUUUUUGUUAAAUUUUUGGAGAUGUUUUUUUUUCUUUUGGCCAUUUAAAAAAAUUUGUUCUAAUUGUCUUCAAGCAAAAUCCAGUUUUUUUAAUUUGCCAAUGUUUUUUCUUCUUUUUCUUGUGUUUUUGUUAUUCAACAUUUGAAUAUAUGUAUAUAUAAUUAUAUAUAUGAUAAAUUAUAUAUAAUUAUAUAAUGCCAAAUGGCCUUUUUAAGCAAGAUACUGUUCAAACCUAAUAAAGUGCUUGAGAUUUUAUCACGUCUGA